AUGAAGUCUCUAUCGUGUAAUUUGGUAUUCUUAAUUAUCAAUUUCCUGUUGAUCUUUUUACCAACAGGAUUUACGCAAACUAUACAAUAUUCAUACUUUAACUAUAAAGAAAGCCCAAGUCCGUAUAAUAAUCUUACCGGGGUCCAACCUCACAUUAUAGAAAUUAAACAUUAUAAUGAUAAUCCGAGUACAGCAGUUGUUCGUGUCGCUCGGACGAAUUACUUCGUCAAUAGUUAUUGUUUUGAGCAGAGAUUAUUACUUCGUGUUAUUCAAGCAAAUGGAAGUGUUAUCGAAAUAAAUUAUAAUGCUACCGAAAUACAAGAUAUACAAGAUAUCAACUAUUGUUAUGUUGUGAAUGAUUCAAAUUUUCCCUUAAAUUAUUACCCAUUAUUUGACCAAUACAUUUUAGUAACAUAUACUCAUGCAACUAAUACUUCUGACAUUACAACCUAUACGGAUCGUGGGAUGGUUAUUGAUUGGAGUGGAACAUUUGUAAGCGGCAGUAACCUCGAUUUUGGACCAUCAUAUUUGUUUCAAGGCACAAUUUGGUAUCCGGAUGAAUAUAUAGUUAAUAAUAUUACUCCCAAAAAAGGUUUCUUACGUUUAUCUGCAACAAAUGUUAAUGGAAUAGAUUCUGCUAGAUGGGCCCAAUAUCAAUACAAUGGCAAUGGAAUAUUCUCUUUAUUACAGACUGACACAGUUCAGAGUGUAGGUCUUACUCUUACCAGCUUUCAAAUUACUGUAUUCGCUACUUUAGAUGGUGGAUAUGCAAUUGCAUAUGCUAAUACGACCAGUAGUCAAACUUAUAACAGUACAUUAGCCACUAAAUUUGUCGCAAAUGGAGGAAUAUAUGCCUUAUUCGUGGGUUAUAAUCAAACAAAAACACCCCAAAGAAUGAUUUUAUUUGAAUUAACUACUCCAAACCUAACAUUCACUCACCUAUAUUGCUCUGUCGACUACGUUUACAUUGGUCAUUCAUGUAUCGCGUAUGUAACACAGACGCAAACUCAAACAAUUCAAAAUGUUACUACAACUGUUAUCACAACUACUACGACUCCAACGGGAGCUGCCCCCACAGUCGUAGCGGUUACCACUACUAUAUCAGCUCCACCUACUACUACUACGUCCACAGAAAACUUUUACGUGAAAAUACGUUUUCUUUCUAGUGGAUCUGUGUUGUCAUUGGAUCCAAUAUUUCCACCAAACAAUGGGUCUUUAACUCAAGUUAGAACAUUACCUCUCGGAGGAUACGCAUUAAUAAAUCGUGGAUAUUCUGGAUCCAAUAUUAAUUUCGCCUUUGAUCUCUAUAAUGAAUCUGACAGUUUAUCCAAUUAUACAUUUCCUAUGCAUCCUUUUACUUCAAAUUUUGAUGGCGCGUUUGACAUAUUGCAAGAUAAUACGAUGUUAGUGGCACUAAAUGAAUCGACCACUUCUUGGCAACUUCUUUCAAUUAAGCUGCCACCACUUUCCCCGUAUAAUGAUAAUGGUUAUGGUAAUUUACAUGUGGGCGCAACAUACCCUAAAAAAGGUCUUGGCGGAUUAGAAUUAAAUUUCAACAAUAUUUCCAUCACAUACCAAGAUUCCAUCGCGCUUAGCACUGGAAAUCUAUAUAUCUAUCAAAAAAUUGAUGAAGUUAACAGUACUCUUCGACAGAUAAUUAAUGCAGCGUCUUGUGAUGUUAGUAAAGGAUGUACUGUUUUAGACAAAUCCAUCAACCUCAAAGUACUUGAUUGUACCUUCAAUAAUCCGAGUGCGCAAUAUUAUAUUGAGGUGGAUAAUGAUUUUAUAAAGAGCUCAGAAUAUAAUGAACCAAUGCUUGGAAUUGAUCCACAUCUAUGGAACUUUUCCACAACCGAUCAAACAUCAUAUACACAGCGUGCAGGUGAAAUCUAUGCAGUAUUAAGACUAACAAACAAUGGAACUCAGUAUUUUGCUGCAAAUUUGAGUUCUACAGAUAAACAAAACUUUUUUAAUACUUUGAUAAAAGAACUUACAACUAUGAUUCCCACUGAGAAAGAAAGAUUGGACACAGACUACCAUUAUCAAUAUGAUACAUCCGAUUCAUCGAAAAUUAUUGUCUCAUUUACUAUUCAUGAAGCAAAGGGUAAUAAUAAACUGAUUACUACAGACAUAAGAAAUAAUUUAGACCAGCUGAUAAAGAAUAAACAAUAUACGGUUAUAUCGACGGGAACUACCACACAAUAUUUGGACGAUACUUACGGAGUCCACCAGUCUCAAAAUUUUGCUAUUCUCACGCUUGGUCUUACAAUGUUUCGAUUUAUCACCGUUACAGUAUUUGUUUUUGCUAAUUCUCAGGCUAUACCAGUUCUUUGGGCACCAAGUGUGGUAUUUUUAGUGGUUCCCGUAGCAUUCAAUUUAAUUUUAGCAUUUGCAAUAUUAUUUACGGAACGAGAAAGACAUUUCGUCAAAUGGUUUGCACGUAAUGGAAGAGUUGCUGUUUCAUUCGCAUUAUUAUCUGGCGCAAAUAUCGACACUUUAUUAAUAUUAAGAUCGCGUGUGAUGGGACUUAAUAUGUUUGAUGCGCCAUUUACCGAUAGAUCGUUGAAAACAAUAUUUUGGGGAGCUUGUAUUGCCGUAUUUCUGGCAGAUAUACCGCAAUUUAUUAUUCAGAUAAUAUAUCUUCUUUCUAGUGUUUUGUUCGAUGUUGUUCCAAUAUUUGGCGUAAUAGCGUCAGGUCUCUCAAUAAUUGCCAGCGUAGCUAGUAAAUUCUUCUUUAUUUUUUAUGGUGCACAUUCUCCUUACUUAAAGCGUUUUUUGGAAGAUACUGAAACCAUGGAAAUUGAAAAGGUUGAUGCAACUAAUGUAACUGAUGGAAAAUAA